AUGACCAGCCGCGACGCCGCAAAGGACAAAUUCUACGCGGAUCUGCACGCCCUCCUGACGACUGUGUCUAAAGUGGAUAAGUUGAUAGUCCUUUGUGACUUCAACGCCCGCAUCGGCACAGACCAUGAUGUCCAGAAAGGAGUGCUGGGUCCCCAUGGUCUUGAUGGCUUCAACGACAAUGGCCUGCCCCUCCUACGAACCUGCGCUGAACACCAGCUCAUCCUGACCAGCACCUACUUUCGCCUCCCGAUGCGAGAGAAAGCCGCUUAG